AAUAUUUUACUCGUUUACAAAAUUACACAUAAUAUUGCUAGGUGGCGUUUAAUUCUUUAUUUUUCCAGGAACCCACCGUAGCCUUAUGCAAAGACUCUUUUUUCAAUCGGGCUUUUUAGCGCCAAAGGAUACAAGCGCAUUGAAAAUCUUCUUGUCCUUCCGAACAUCGCUCGAAAUUCGGUCUGUUGUCGGUGUGUAGUUCUGUUUUCCACUGAGAAAGUGGUCAGUGAGGUUGCAGAUAUUUCGUUGUUUAUUUUGUUAUACGUAUAAUUAUUAUUUGCAGUCUUAUUUAUGACUCUAAAAUAGUUAUUCAAGUUGUAAGGAAUUAUUUUUAACUAAAAAAUUGGAAGACUGUUGCAAGAUGAUUUCUGCAAAUAUAGAUUUCGAUGGUGAAACUACAAGUAGUUCUAACCCAAAAGAAAGCUUUCAAAAUAAGGAAGCAUCAUUUUUACAAAAUCUUGUCCACAGUAAACCUAUGAAGAAAAGCAAUUCUCUUCACAAAAUAAAAGCAGAAAACAAUUUCACCAAAGUUCUUGUUCUCUAUACUGGUGGAACUAUUGGAAUGAUGCGUACUGAAGAAAACGUUUAUGUUCCUGAACCAUGUGUUAUGGGCCAAAAAGUUAAAACAUAUCCUCAACUUAAUGAUUUGAAUGGGGCUACUGAAUAUCACAUUCAGUAUCCCGAAGAAGAUGUAUUAGUUCUUCCGGAUACUGGUGAGUCUUCCAGAGUUGUUUAUACAGUCCAAGAAUAUAAUCCUUUAUUAGAUUCUUCAAAUAUGACUAUGGAUGAUUGGAUUAGAAUAGCAAUGGAUAUUAAGGAAGCAUAUGAGGCUUUUAGUGGAUUUGUUGUUUUACAUGGAACAGACACAAUGGCAUAUACUGCUUCUGCAUUGUCAUUUAUGUUAGAAAAUUUAGGAAAGACAGUAGUUAUUACUGGCUCCCAGAUACCUCUCUAUGAAGCUAGAAGUGAUGGUCGUGAUAAUCUUAUGAAUGCACUUAUCAUUGCUGGAAAUUAUUGUAUUCCUGAGGUAACAAUUUUAUUCAAUAACAAACUGUUUAGAGGAAACAGAACAAGUAAAAUUAGUACAUCUAGUCUUGAUGCCUUUAGUUCUCCUAAUUUACCUCCUCUUGCCAAAAUGGGAAUUGGAAUUCAUGUGGAAUGGAGAAAUAUUUUCCGCCCAUCAAGUAUUGAAAAGUUCAGUGUGCACAAUGUAUUAAAUCGAAAUGUUGGAUUGUUGAGAUUAUUUCCUAGCAUAACUGUUGAAGUGGUUAGGGCAUUUUUAAGUCCACCUAUAGAAGGAGUUGUGUUGCAGACUUAUGGUGCUGGAAAUGGUCCCUCACAAAGGAAGGACCUUUUUGAUGAACUAAAACGGGCUCAUAGAAGAGGUGUGAUUAUUGUUAAUUGUACUCAAUGUUCAUUAGGUCAAGUGGAUCCAUCAUAUGAAACUGGAAGUGCAUUUGUUGACGUAGGAGUCGUUCCAGGGUCCGAUAUGACUCCAGAAGCAGCAUUGACAAAACUUAGUUAUGUUUUGAGUAAAAAAGAGUGGUCAAUUCAAACUAAGCGUAAUAUGAUGAAAACAAACUUGCGUGGUGAACUUACCAUUUACAAGGAAAUGAAAUUUGAAGAUUUGGAUGUUGUUACUGCUGUGAUUAGAACAUUACGGUUGUCAUCUUCUGAGGAAGUUGAUGCUUUAAGAGAUGCGCUUUCUCCUGCUAUCUUAUGUAGCAUAGUGUCUGAUGGUAAUCUUGAGAAGUUAGAAAUUAUGAGACAGUUUGGAGCAUACCUUUCUGCAUGUGAUUAUGAUUACAGAACUCCAUUGCAUAUUGCUUGUGCUGAUGGCAAUAUAAGCAUUGUAGAAUACUUACUAAAGCAUGGAGCUAGUGUUCAUAUGCGGGAUCGAGAACACAGAACUCCCUUAAUGAAUGCAGUUGAAAAUGAUCAUCACGAAGUUAUUGAAUUAGUUAUUAAAGCUGGUGGCUACCUAAAUUUACCUUCUACCACAGUAGGAGAAAUGUUAUGUCGUGCAGCCAAAGAAAAUAAUUUACGCCGACUUGAAUCACUUCGGCUUGCUGGGGCAGAUUUAAAUGAACUAGACUUCACAAAAAGGUCUGCUCUUCACUAUGCUACUGAAAUGAAUUUUGAAGAAGCAGUUUCAUUUUUGCUACAAUACUCUGUUGAUGUUUCUGUUCAAGAUUUAUAUGGUAAUACAUGUGUUGAUGUUGCAAAAAUACUGAAACAUAAUAAGAUUCUAGAUAUAUUUGAGAAGCAUGUUAAUAUUUGAUCUGCCUCUUAAUGACUAUAGUUUUGUCUCUAGUCAGAAAAUGCUAAAAGCGUCUUUCAUUUACCAGUUUUGAAUUAUUACUAAAUAGCAUAUGCUAUGCCAGUUUUGUAGAAAAUAUGACAGGCUUAAUUGCCAUUCACACUGCAUGCAAAAAAUUCGUAUAUUCGAAGUGGGAGAUGCAAACGAAAACCUGAUUAAUGAAAUAAGUUUACUCAGGAAAAACUCACCAAUCAGGUUUUUGUUCGCAUCUCCAAAUUUGCAUAGGCGAUUUUUAACAUGGUGUGUGAAUGCUCCCUUACACCCCUUUGCUGUGAGGGAAAUCAGCAUAUUAUAUUACUCUAUAGGGACAAUCUGUACCAAAGAUUUAUUUUGAAAACUUGUUUUUGUUUGCUUAUUUUGUUGAAAUUUGUCUAUUAUAUGUCUUUUAACUCCAGUUGUUAGUGUUACACUUUUUUAAUUAGUUUAUUUUUAUGCAUUUUUGAUUGAGUAUUUUUAAACUCUAGUAAUUUACCUUGAGAAUCUGAGGGUCAAUCAAAAUGAUUUAUAAACUAGCCAAUCAGGUUUUUGUUCGCAUCUCCAUAUUUGCAUAUGCUUCCUUACACCCCUUUGCUAUGAGUGAAAUCGGCAUAUUAUAUUCUUUAUAGGGACAAUCUGAACCAAAGAUUUAUUUUGAAAACUUGUUUUUGUUUGCUUAUUUUGUUGAAAUUUGUCUAUUAUAUGUCUUUUAACCUCAGUUAUUAGUGUUACAUUUUUUUAAUUAGUUUAUUUUUAUGCGUUUUUGCUUGAGUAUUUUUAGACUAAAGAAAUUUACCUUUAGAAUCUGAGGAUCAAUCUAAAUGAUUUAUAAAAAAGUUUUUGCUUUCAAUGCAUUUGCUAUAUUUUAUUAUAUCUCAUCUUUUUCUCCCUAUUCUAAGCAUCAUGAUUCCCCCCCCCCAAAAAAAAAAUAUAUUGAACACAUGAGUAGCUACAAUAGUACUUCCUGUUAAGGACAAUUCCAAAAAGAGACACCCUCUAUUGAAGGAACAAAAUACUCUUUAUUAAUUUAUAUCUCCCUUUUGAUGACUGGUGCUUCUGAGGAAAGAAAAACAAUACAUUAGAAAAAAAGCAUGACAUGGUGCAAUUAAGAGGAAUAUCUCAUUCAAAGAAUUGUGAGUAUGCAUAACCACCCAGGAACUGCCUUUGUGGGUUAUAGGGAUCAAUUAGUAAAAACAGCGGUCAAAAUUCAAAUGACUAGUCCAUCUGAUGAAAAUGAUUGGUUGCUAGUACUAAAGAACAUUCCAACGUGCAUAUUGUGAAAAUUUCUAACAUUCUUAGUUCUUGCGUGGGCUGUGAUGUAGUGUGAAGGUUGUGAAGUGUAGUUUUAGUUCAAGUGAUUUUAAUACAGAAGUUUGAAAUAAGUAAAAAUGAAGUAUGUAAUAUGUUAAAGAAUACAGAAGAAUUUAAAAAAACAUUAUUACUUAAUCAAAAAAGGAAUAAAUCGUAAUAAACGUGUUCUUUAUUAGGAGGUUCUACUGUAUUUGCUUGACAAUGAAAAAACCUGAUUUUCUUUUUUUUUAAGCCUAUCUUUCAUACUGAAUUUUUAAGCUCAAUCACUUAACAAAAAAUAAUGUAUUUAGAAUAAGAUAUUCAUAUAAAAUUUAUAAAAAUCUCUAUUGAAAUUUUAAUUUUGAAACUUAUAAAUUGAACAGAAUUAAUCAAAUAAAUCCUUUGUAGUUGUAUCCAAUUUAUAUAUAAGUUGCACUCUGAUCUGAAUUAAUUUUUGUUGGACAAACAUAAUAUGUAAGAUGAUGAAUGAAAAAUAAAACUAUUCUUUUUCGAAGA